CUGGCUGGCAGAGCUGUGAGGAUGGGCUUGGUCAAGAGCGUCUGGGCCACCCCAGCCUGUCCUGCACCAUGCAACAAGCACCUGGCGCAUGUAACAGACCCUCAUUCUCCCAGCUCAGGCCUUCUGUGCAGCCCCAUCAAGGUGGAGAGCUCACCACAACUAAGUCCCUCUGCCUCGGAACAGCAGCAGAAAGUGGGGACCAAGGAUCUAGAGCAACUUCAGGACUCAGAUCCCCAUUCUCCCACAUUUGGCAAUAUCCAAACACCGAUGAAAAUCAACACAGAAGACCCUCCAAACCAGCUGGUAACGCAGCAUUCCAUUGAGCUGGCCCUAUCAUCACAGCCCAAGAAGGACUUGUCUCUGGAUACUCCAGUGUCCUUUGAAUGUGUACUACCAGCCUCCCUGCGCCAAACUGAGGUUUUCUGCAAACAGACAAACACCAUAGAAGUGACAGAACAGCUGCCAGCACUUCAAACAACCAGCCAGGACCCUGACAAGUUCUUAAGAGGCUCUGAGGCUCCUUGUUUCUCAGGUUCUAGACCCCUUAGAAGGAAACCUGAUGCCAAGGUCCUAGGGAGAUCUCCCCUCACCACCCUGCAGGAUGAUAAUUCCCCUGCUACCCUGAUGCCUUGGCAGAGUAAAUGGUUCACAGUGCUGAGUGAGAAUUUGGGAGACCAGAAAGAAGGAGUUAUUCUGGGAACUGGACACCCUCUGAAGAUCACUAGACUCUGGGAUCAGUGACAUAACAAAGAGAAUCAGCAUUGUCCUUUGGUGGAGAACUAG